GUUGAGAGAAGUUGGCGUUUGGGAGAUGCAACGAGAACGACGCAGGAAUAUAUAUUUAUAUACGGAUAGAAACUUUCGACUCUCCAUACCAACCGUGACCUACCAGAGACAGCUUUCGAAGCAAAUUCACUCUGAUGGAUUUCCCAGUCUUUGCGACAAUGACCGAUAAAACGUCUAUCUUUGAUCACUUGGGUGACAGGUGGAGGCAGCCUGUGACCAAGGAUGUGCGACCAAUUUCGAGCGUCAUCCUAGAUUUGCAGGUGAUAGAAUAUUUAUUACAGGAUGUCCGUGACUUCCUUGACCUGAAUGCUUGAGAACAGUAUCGUGACAUUCCAUACUGACGAAGCUAUCUGUUUCAUGGGGCUCUGGGAAUGGGAAAGACAAGCUUGACCUUGUCCAUCGCAGGGUGUUUUGGUUUGAAUAUAUACACAAUCAACCUUUCCAGCAUCGAUGACAACGGCCUGAGGAACUUGUUCGCCAACCUUCCUGGCCACUGUGUUAUUCUUUUGAAAGAUGUGGAGGUCGUCAAUUCAAGCUCGCCUGAGGGAAUGGCUUCUCUGACAACACUACUCGAUGUUGUCGACGGUGUAGGAGAUGGCUAAGUGUUAAUCAUGACAACCUGUCAUGUCAAACUAGUCAACAGCGCACUUUUGCGAGCCGGUCACAUGGAUGUGAAAACCGAGUUCCACCUCGCAGAUAAAGAAACAAUAGCCCGGCUCUUCUGGUUUGCCUUUGAACAGGAGGCAGUCGACCCACUAGCACAUGAGUUUGCUGGUAAGGUACCGGAGCUGGAAUUCAGCCCUGCUGAAAUUCUGUCAUUCCUGAUAGAGAACAGGCGGUCUCCUAAACAGGCUGUUGAUAACGUAGCGGCAUGGAUGGCGGAUAUGAGGAGCAAAAGGAAGAAGGGUGGAGUUUAAAAAGGCUGGUCCUCCCGCCACACACUUCGACCACCUGAAGAAGCUGUUCCUUCAACGAGACAGUAACUUUAAAUGCUAGUCUCCUUGAGUUUAUGGCAUCGGCCGGUUCAAUGGGGUCCCAGAAACUGGCGAGCGGUAGUUACAUUUUGCAUGUUAGGAUGACGCGGACCUCGAAUAUGUAUCUACCACUAAAUACCAUACCUCUAUUUUUAACACUUCUUUGUAGGACUUCAAGUUGCGUUUGCAGACGUGAUACGACAUCGAGUAGGUUUGGGAAAGCGAUUUUGGAUCCAUCAAGGUUCUAGGCGUCUUGAAUAAUCUCCUCACCAUUCAGUACAAGGGUCUGUAACACGGCAGUGGACAUUCUGGAAGGAUGGAGAAUAUUGUUUGGGGGUCUUACAGAGGGCAAACAAAAUGGUGUACUUGGGGGGUCGAGAUAGGUUAAAACUACUUGGUGCGAUAAUGAGAUCCCGCUUCGCGGGGGCCUUCAACCUUUCGAAAGCCCUUGAGAAUUUCCAAGCCUUCAAUACAC